CGAAAUUUGCGUUACGGCGGUCGGUCCGCUUUCCCCAAUUUUUAUUUGGCGGUCAUCCGCCUUUGUGACUCCGCUCCUUCAGCCUUCUUUUUUCUCUCGUUCACUCUUUUUCUUUCAACAGUUUCGGUCCAUGGCUUCGCAACGUGCUCCCGUCACUGUUCCCUGUAAAUACAAGACAGGAAAGGUCCUUGGUAAUGGUACUUAUGCUACCGUCAAAGAGGCCAUGCACAUUGAGACAAGCAAAUUCUACGCUUGCAAAAUCAUCAACAAAAAGUUAAUGGAAGGUCGUGAGCAUAUGAUUCGCAACGAAAUCAACAUUUUGCGAAAGGUGUCGCAAGGACACAAGAACAUAUUGAGUUUGGUGGAUUACUUUGAAACAAUGAACAACCUUUAUCUCGUGACGGAUCUUGCACUGGGUGGUGAAUUGUUUGAUCGUAUCUGCCAGAAAGGCAGUUAUUUUGAACGAGAUGCCGCCAACAUUGUACGCACUGUAUGUGAUGCCGCCGCUUAUCUUCAUGAUAACGGUAUUGUUCAUCGUGAUUUAAAGCCCGAAAAUCUUCUCUUCCGAACUCCCGAUGAAGACUCAGAUCUCUUGGUCGCUGAUUUCGGCUUAUCACGUAUCAUCGACACUGAGAAAUUUCACGUGUUGACUACCACCUGUGGUACACCCGGCUAUAUGGCACCCGAGAUCUUCAAAAAGACGGGUCACGGUAAACCAGUCGAUGUGUGGGCAAUUGGUGUCAUUACCUAUUUCUUGUUAUGUGGUUAUACACCGUUUGAGCGUGACAAUAACAUUGACGAAAUGAACGCUAUUAUGCAAGCCGAUUACACAUUUGAUGAACCUUAUUGGACCGGCAUUAGCGAUGAAGCCAAGGACUUUAUUCGUCGAUGCUUGACGAUUGAUACCACCAAGCGAAUUACCGCACACGAAGCACUUAAACACCCCUGGCUGACUUCGCCAAGCAACCAACCGACCUCGCCUGUCGAAAAUGAGCAGGAUCUGUUACCCAACUUGCGCGAGAAUUUCAAUGCUCGUCGUACUUUCAAAAAGGCAGUAGAUUUAGUUCGUUUAUCAUAUCAUCUGGGCCAUAAGCACUCGAUUUCCAUGACAGGCGGACAGCCCGAAACACAGGGAGUCAAACCUGUGAAUGAAGGCAUCGAGGAAGUCUUGAAUACAGACAUUUAAUCCAUUUUGUAAGCACUUCAUAGCGAGACUCUCUGUAAAUGUGUCUGUUUGUUUUAUCGUGUGUGUGGGUAUGCUUUCCACAGUGUCACCGGACUGAACCAAAGGACAAAGCUUGCUCCCAUGCAUCAAGGAAUGUAAUUUACAAGCGAAUGAACAGAGGUACCACUUGGUUGGUUGUACUGUAUAAAGACUAAUAACGCUACAGUGAAUUUAGAGAGAUAUUACAGUACCUUACGCGCUAUAGCUUGUUUUGAUACGGUACAGUGGGGCUGGACGUUGCUGAUAGUCCAUAGCACCUUCGGCUAUAUCAUAACUGUCUAUUGUAUGAUAGAAAGUAAAAUCCACGAACAUGUAGCGAUGCAUGAAAUGAACCUUCUCAUGUAUGAUUCUUUCGAUUAUUUAAGUUUGGUCACGUUUUUAACAUGGCACACAUUUGCGACCUACUGUAGUCGUU